AAAAAAGUCAAGACCCACUUGUUCAUUUCGUGCAGUAAGGAAAUACGAAAAACCGAAUCGACGCCAUGGAAGUCCACCGUUGUCGUUUCAUUGAAUAUCAACCUGCGGCGAUCAAUGCGCUCGACUUUACACCGUCAACUUGUAAGCAGAGUAGACUCGCGGUGGGUCGUGCCAACGGCAAUAUCGAGAUCUGGGAUCCUAUGCAUCGUUUCCGUCUCGAAAAAACCAUUCCCGGUGGUCAAGAUCUCUCUGUCGAAAGUCUCGUAUGGGCUCACCAAUCCGUGGUCAUUGACCAAGAUGAGGACGACGAUCCCGAAGAUAGAGCAAAGGAAUUGCAAAGACAACUUGAUCAGCCUCCGCGUUUGUUUUCAACCGGCUUGAAUCCAUUCAUUAUCGAAUGGGAUCUUACCAGUCUCACUGCCAAGAAAUCGGUUGAUUCCAACGGUGGCGCUAUUUGGUGCUUGGCUGUUAACAGUAACGGUACCCAGUUGGCGGCUGGUUGCGAAGACGGUUGCAUUAGAUUGUUCAAUAUUGCCGACGAUAGUUUGGAGUAUAUUCGACGCUUCGAUCCGCAAAAAGGUCGUAUCUUAUCGGUGGCGUGGGGACCGAAUGAUGAAUACAUUGUAUCAGGUGGAUCGGACAGCGCUUUGCGUAAAUGGGAUGUAGCUACCGGUCGUGUGAUCCAGAGAAUGACGGUGGAUAAGCUCCGCAAGGUGGCUACUUUGGUCUGGUCGGUGGUUGUCACAGCAAAUAAUACCAUCAUUUCCGGUGAUUCCCUCGGCAACUUGAUGUUUUGGGAUGCUGAGCAAGGAACAAUGAAGCAAUCUUUCCGCGCCCACGGUGCCGACAUUUUGUCAGUGGUGGCCUCCAAGGACGGUCGACUGGUAUUCUCGGCUGGCGUGGAUCGCAAGCUGAACGCUUUCCGAUGCGUACAACAAAAUAAGCACAGUGACACCUCGGGCAGCAAUAAGGGAGGCAACUGGGUCAACAUGGGAAGUCGUCGUUACCAUUCCCACGAUAUCCGUGCGUUGGCAUUGGAUGAAAGACCGGCCAUCAACUCAAUUGUAUCGGGCGGUGUGGAUCUGGAACUUAUCUCAUCUCCGGCUUUGGAAUUCCCCAAAUUAAUCCAGAACAGAUUACCGCCCUUCCCGCAGAAAUAUCUGGCUUCCGUCUCAAAGUCACGUCGUCUUAUUCUGUCCAUGGAUUUCAAUUCGGUCUCAUUAUGGCGGUUAGGUAGAGCUGGCCAAUUGGAUAUGUCAUCAACACGCAGCGUCACCAUACCCGAGAUGUUAGAACCUCAUCAGCUCGAAUUGCAAGUCAAGUUAAAGCCGGAGUGUAAUAUCACAUCAAGUGCGCUGUCUGAAGAUGCACAGUGGAUUGCUGUAUCUGAUGUGGAGAAUGUCCGAUUGUUCAAAUUGCACGAAACAGAAAGUAAAGAGUUUGUUGCCAAAAAGGAGCGUGCUUUUCAGCAAAGCUUGCAGCGAUAUCUGGCCGACAAAGGAGCCGCUGCAGGUGCACAUCACGUAGUCUUCACCCCGGGAUCGGAUAAGUUGAUCGUUGUCACUUCGGAAUCUCGUAUAUUGAUCGUAGAUCUCACCUCUUUUGAGGUGCUACAUGAAUUUGAGCAUCAUCGAGGCGUCGAUGGUGACGAUGCACAAGUCGGUACCGUGAUCUCUGUGGCGGUCAGUGCAGACGGCCAAUGGCUUGCUACAGGCGAUGAUCUCAAUCGCAUGUGUGUAUUCAAUCUGGAUACUCUAAAGCAUCAUUUCAACUUACCGCAAACGUCCACUCCUCAUACUACUUUGUCUUUCCACGAUUUGCGAUCGAAUGAUUUAUUUGUUGGGCUGGCCUCCAAUGAAUUCUAUAUCUAUGACGUGGAGCGAAAACGAUUAAACAAUUGGUCGAAACAACAUCAAGAUCAGACGAAUUCCAGGCUGAGAAAAGAACGCGAUCGUAUUCGUGGAGUGAUGUACAACCCUGCCGAUGCAAAUUGCAUGAUCAUCUAUGGCAGCACUUAUAUUUGCAUGGUGGAUAUGCAUGACCGACAAAAGGGCAAAUCCGAAGGCAAAGCAUUAAAACGUAAAGCGGAUCAGGAAGACAAAGCUCCCACGUACGAAUCGGCAGCCAUGACGCUGUGGAUUUCGGGAAAAUAUCAGCAUAUCCUACAUUGCGAUUUCCUCAGCACAAACUGUAUGGUGAUGAUCGAGCGAACGAAAUUCAGUGUGCUCGAAAAACUGCCGCCGUCGUACUAUAAACCUCAGUUUGCAUCUUAAAAAAAACUACUCAUACUGUUCAUUCUUAUUAAAUUUG